AAUAAGUCACACCGACUGAUGUCUGGGACUUGCACAGGUACUUCGGCAUCGCUAGACUGAGGCUGUGUGCUGGCGGUGCCCAUGCGCCAGUGAUCCUGAUGGCCACUUUUCUUUUCUUUUCUGCCUUCAGUGCAGCGAUGCCCUCCAUCUCUCUUCCAGCAGCCUGCGCUCAGAAGGGUUUAUUCAAAUCGGCGAGAUCCGCCGGGUCGCCUCUCGGUGGACUGGCAGCGUGUACCCACUCCAGCCCAUCACUCGCUUGGCUCUGGCCACACGGGGGCCCUGUUCACUCUCGUAUUUGCCAGACUUCACCAGCCAUCCCUCCCCGACACACACACACACCGUACCUCCCCCCUCCUCCUCCUCCUCCUCCUUCGUAUUACCGGGCAGCGCAGAGCCUCAAAACCGAGCGUCGGCUCUUCGCAGCUCUAGUGUGAAGAUGGUAGGUGUUCCCUGCGCUCGGAGGCUGGCUCGCCGCUCCCGGUCCGCCUUGAUCGCGGCGCUCACCGUGUUGCUGGUGCAGACGCUGAUCGUGUGGAACUUCAGCAGCCUGGAUUCGGGAGAGGACCGGGAGGGCGCGGGCUCCAACAGCAGGGAGAAGCGUGACCGGAUCGGCGGCAACGGAGCCGGCGGCGAGUACUUCAGCCGGGGGGCUCCGCCGCAGCACCACCAGGCUCCGCUCGGGAGGGCAAACGCUCGGCGCAAGCAGCAGCCGGAUGGGUACUACUCCCACCGCCCUAAGGAGAAAGUGCGUGUGGACAGCAACAAUGAGAACUCCGUGCCCAAGGACUUUGAAAACAUUGACAACAGUAACUUUGGGGCGCGCUCCCAGCCGCAGAAACAGACCCCAAACAAACACAAGGAGAGGCUAAAGGAAAAGGCGCAGGCGGAGCACAACUGGAAAGAGAAUUCCCUGAUCCUGGGGAAGAAUUCCAACGAGGUCAUCCAGUACGGCGAGGCCAAGGGUGCAAUACUGCCCCAUCCUGGAAACAACCACACCCAGGGUCACCGGUCUGCGGGACUGCUCUCCAACCAGGCCCACCCACCCCUCCAGCCUCAGCAACGCCUGCACCCCCACCAGGGCAGGAAACCAGGGCCGGCCACUGCCUCGCCCGAGAUCAGGUACGAGCCGCACCCCAAGUGCGAGAUCACGGGCAAGGAGGCCAUCUCCGCCCUGUCCCGUGCCAAGACGAAGGAGUGCCGCCAGCAGAUAGCCGAGGUGUACUGUCGCCACAAGGAAGGGCAGCUCAUGCCAGAGAAAGUCGCUCGCUACUGCCCUUUGGAAGGCAAGGCCAACGUGAAUGUGCAGUGGGAAGAAGACUCGGUGGAGAGCCCGCCUGCCCUGCCAGUGCGGAUCGCCUUCAUGUUGGUGGUCCAUGGCCGUGCCUCCCGCCAGCUGCAGCGCCUCUUCAGGGCCAUCUACCACACUGACCACUUCUACUACAUCCACGUGGACCAGCGCUCCAACUAUCUGUACAGACAGGUAGUGUCACUGGCGAGUCAGUACCCCAAUGUACGCAUCACACCUUGGAGGAUGUCAACUAUAUGGGGAGGGGCCAGCCUGCUGACCAUGUACCUGCAGAGCAUGAAGGACCUGCUGGCCAUGAGUGACUGGAGCUGGGACUUCUUCAUCAACCUGAGUGCUGCAGACUACCCCAUACGGAACAAUGAUCAGCUAGUGGCCUUCCUGUCUAAAUAUCGGAGCAUGAACUUCAUCAAGUCCCACGGCAGAGACAAUGCCAGGUUUAUCCGGAAGCAGGGUCUGGACCGGCUGUUCUUCGAGUGCGACACCCACAUGUGGCGUCUGGGGGACCGCAAGAUUCCCGAAGGCAUCUCUGUGGAUGGAGGUUCUGACUGGUUCCUCCUUAACAGGAAGUUUGUGGAAUACGUCAUCAACUCCCAAGAUAACCUGGUCACCAACAUGAAGCGGUUUUAUGCCUACACCCUGCUGCCCGCGGAGUCCUUCUUCCACACGGUGCUGGAGAACAGCCCUCACUGCGAGAGCAUGGUGGACAACAAUCUGCGCAUCACCAACUGGAACCGCAAGCUGGGCUGCAAGUGCCAGUACAAGCACAUCGUGGACUGGUGUGGCUGCUCGCCCAACGACUUCAAGCCAGCUGACUUCCACCGCUUCCAGCAGACGACCCGGCCCACGUUUUUCGCCCGGAAGUUCGAAGCCAGCGUGAACCAGGAGAUCGUCAACCAGCUGGAUGCCUACCUGUUUGGCAGCCUGCCUGCAGGAACACCAGGCCUCAAAGCCUACUGGGAAAACAUCUUUGAGGAGCCAGACGGCGUGCACAGCCUCUCGGACUCUCAGCUCACCCACUACCACGCCUUCGCCCGUCUGGGGCUCGCCCGUGCCGCCACCUCCCUGCAGGGGGACCCCAACGACAGCAGCUGCAGGUACUUCCCAAUGGGACACCCAGUGUCAGUCCAUUUGUACUUCCUGUCAGACCGUUUCCAGGGUUACCUGGUUAGGCAUCAUGCUACCAACCUAGCGACCAGCAAGCUGGAGACACUGGAGACGUGGGUGAUGCCCAAGAAAGUCUUCAAGAUCGCUAACCCGCCCAACAGCUUCAGCAGGCUGCAGUUCGCAGAGAUCGGCACCGAGUGGGACGCCAAAGAGCGCAUGUUCAGGAACUUCGGGGGCCUGAUGGGGCCGACGGACGAGCCGGUGGGGAUGCAGAAGUGGGGGAAGGGGGCCAACGUGACGGUGACCGUGGUCUGGAUCGACCCCACCAACGUCAUCGCCGCCACCUACGACAUCCUGAUUGAGGCCAGCGCCGAGUUCACCCACUACCGCCCCCCUCUGAACCUCCCCCUGCGGCCCGGCGUCUGGACCCUGCGCGUCCUGCACCACUGGAGCCCCGUGGCCGAGACGCGCUUCCUCAUCACCCCCCUCGCCUUCCACAACCGCCAGCCCAUCCGUCAGGAGGAUGCUCUGAGGUUGCACAACGGCCCGGCCAAGAACAGCUACAUGGAGCAGAGCUUCCAUGGCCUGAACCCCGUCCUCAACAUCCCUGUGCACCUGGGGCAGGUGGAGGCAGCCAAGCGCAACGCAGGGCUGACGGGCAGCGAACUGGAGCGCUGGGUGGACAGCCUAGUGGGGGCUCUGUGGUCAGCAGUGGACGUGUGUGCCGUGGGGCCCAGCAGCUGUCCGGUCAUGCAGUCCUGCGGACACACCAUGUGGAGCGCCCUCAGCCCUGACCCCAAGUCUGAGCUUGGGCCACCCAGAGCUGAUGGGCGCAUCAGGUAGCGCCCUCUGCUGGUCAGGAGGCUCACCUGCUAUUUAUUUUUUUAACGCCGUUUACUCUUAUUUUAAGAGCAUUUUUUGGUUCCUAGAAAUUAUAAAUAGAUGCAUAAAUAUGGACAAGCAGCAACAGAAGAAGGGGAGACUGCUAAUAUCUUUUAUUCUUAAUUCCUUUUGGUCUGGGCAAUCUUUUUUUUUUACAUUUUAGUUGUACUGUAAAUGUACAGUAAUAUAACUACACUUCUUCAGGUGACCAACACGGAACCUGCCUCAUCUCAUUCUUCUCAUUCAGCAGCAGCGAACGAUGCGGCUGUGAAGUCAGAAAUCAGGAGUAUAAAACUGCUAUUAAGCACAGGCAACAAAGUGUGAACAUGUGACCACAAGGGAUUCUCCUAAGCCUUAAUGUGGGCACACUAGUAUCACUCAGACGUGACUCAAAAAAAUAUAUAUCUUUUUUUUACUGCAGUCAGCCUGACUUUUUAAAGUAACUAUGGUAACACUAAUGAAUUACCAAAGUCAAUGUACAAAUUCACCCCCCUGUCCCUGGCCUGGACUGGAAAAACACAGUAAUCUGCUCGUGAUCUGUAAGACCGAGGCUGCUAGUUUUUUUUUGUCCUCAGCUUGCAAAUGAAGCCUAGACCCUUAUCGUGAUUGUCCCAUCCUGAAACUCCACGCUCUGCUCUCUGGGUUACCGUCUAUAUGGGGGUGAAAGACAGCUGUCGAGAGUCACCGAGCUCCCACGUAUUAGCAGUCUUCCCAGCGUUUCCUUGGACGCAUGCUCAUGAAAACUCGAAGGCUCAGCGCAUCUGGAAGCCCCAGAUGUCACAGCUUGGUUUAUUGCUGAUUUCUUAUCUAAUUUAUUUUUGUUUUUUAGCUACUGCCGACUGCCUGAAACUUGAACUUUUGAGCUGUCAGCUGUGCUGGCAUACUUUGAACAAUCCUCAAGUUUUUUUAAUUUGAUUUUUUUUUUUCUCUGGCACAAACAAAAAAGUUUAAAAGAGCUAAAGCAAGAAGGUUUUAGUUAUUUAUUUAUAAAUAUAUAUAAUAAUUUUAGUCAAUGACUAAUGACUAAGUGCUGCAUUUGCAGCUUGGUGAAUAUGUUAUCUUCUGUAAAGGAGCUGCCUUUAUUUACAAAGGCCCCUAGUCUGUACCUGUAGGCUGGCCAUUGUGUUGUCAGUCCUGUGCUUUCUCACUGUUGUGUGCUUCCCAAGCAACCUGCUAGCAGUUCAGCCAUUACCUGCAAUGGCCAGUGCAUUUGGACAAAGUCCAAGAAAGGAAGGUUAAUCCGAUCAAUGUGAAGACGCACGAAGAGUUUUUGUGGGAUGGUCUGUUGUGGUGAAGACUUAGCCAGGACUUGUUCCUGGCUCGUGAGCCCAGCAGAUACCAGGACAUCUGCAACUCCAGGGGCCAACACAGUAGGAGGUGGCUGCAGUGCACAACUGGACUUUUGAGUCUGGUAUCGGGUGGUUUUAGACUGGCAAAAGAAGCCGUUGGUAACUAACUCUUGUAUUUUUUGUUUGCUUUUUCCAAGCACUUAUUAAAGAGAGACUAAGACGUGUGCAAGAUGCUUGAUAGCUUUGCGUUUGGAGUUAUGAAGAGGAGCUGGGUAUGUGAAGCCAUUCAGCACCAGCCUGUUCUCACUGGUUCAGGUUCUAUUGUGGACAAUCUUGCUUCAUAAAAUCGUACACAUGUGUCUACCCCCUCAUUAUUGCAAUCCUCCCAGAGCAUUAGUCCCUAACCUGGUCGAGGGUGAAGAUGGGGCUGUCCGCCCAGGCUGCCUGUGAGCUGGGUUCAGAGAGCUGAGCUAGACAUUGCAUCCGGGGAUUGCCAUUGAGUUCAGGUGCUCAAAGGUCAUUCCUCUCGUUGGAAGAGGUCAAAAACACACUCACACUGUGCCCCGGCCUCUAAUGCAUCAACUGCAUGGAUGGCCCAGGAUUCCCAACUGAAAAGAAUAUUUCACUGGGUCUUUGCUGUUGUGCUAUACUGUAGGUCUUAACCUUAAUCUCAGCAGGCAUCUGUAGUUUCAGGAGUCAGAAAUUAAGUUCUGCAGCACACAGCAAAGCAACACUUCAGACCUCCAACCACUCCCACUGGAACAAUUUCUGAAUGACUUCUGUACCUACUCACUCUCCCUUCCAGGCCCUGUGCCCUGGCUGUGUGCAGUUAGCUAUGGAAAGAAAUGCAAGGAGUUUCUAUUCAUUGUUCAUGGGAGAAUAGCGAGGUACUUGUGAAAGGACCAGUGGGAGGACUGGGCAAAGUAAUUUCCAAUGCACAGGCACAUCAGCAUGAAUGGAGCUAGAUACUGAAGUAACAAGUUGCACAGGAUCAGAAGCAGUUUCCUCUGCACAGAGAUGCUGCUAGCAAACCUGUGUUGAUGCUCUAAAAGCUGAGAUCACACAGGGGGCACUGAAGUCUGGGGGCCAAUAAUAUUUAUGUGCAGUCUUAACCUCAAGCACUUUGUCUGGACUGUUGUCACCUGGUCUGGGAAAUACCUCACAGUCCUCCUGCCCACUAUGGGGCAGUGUUCAGGAAAGAGCUCAGUCACAGAGCAGAGCAGGGUCCAGAGACACAAGAAGUGAUGUAGAAUUUUCCCCACUUCUGAUCGCCCAUGAUCCAGCACUAGAACACUCCAGUUCUGUUCCCAAUGCUUAAACCCUUAAUUUACUCUUGUGCAUUUUUUUCAGCUCCUUAAAAAUGACAAAUAUUGCCCAAAGCUAUGAAUUUUACCUUGUGAAAUGCCCCAACACUUUCAAAACUAAAAAAUGGUGUCAUAACUGAAAGGCAGAAGCCACAAGGACUUCCCAUGUUUGGAAUAAGGAUUCCUGGGUUUUCCUGCAGACAGCCAGCCAUUUUACCUGAACCAGCAGGCUGGAGAACUCUCCCUGCAGCCAGACAGCUGUUACACACCAGGCAGAUGGAGAGCACCUUUUGUUGUUAUGAAAACGGUAAAAUCACACACACACACACAUUAUAAUUAUUCUAUGUGAACAAAGAACUAUUUUGUUAUGAAUAAUAUACGUAGAUAAAAAUGUACAGAAGUAUUUUGUAAUCAAAAGAAAUUUAAAGAAAAUUGUAAAUAAAAUUAUGUUCAGAGCAAAAACUCAACAAAGGAAUCUCACUCCUGGCACAUGCAAGAGAUGCUGUAGAUAUUUUAUUUAUUUGAGAUUUUAAAAUAAAUGUACGAGCAAUCUGACCUAGUUUGGAUGUGACUAACUGUUUAAUCGGCCCGUCAAAGAAUCUAACGCCAUAUUGUUGUUCUUUUUUGGAAGUAUGUAUAACUACCGCACUCUUUUCUGAACCCACGUCCCUCUGUCCCAAGAGAGGGCUUUGUGCCUUAGGUGUGGUUCUGCCUAAAGAACAUUUUUAUUUUCCUGUCUGUGAACAACGACUUCUGAAUUUAUUUUUGCUUACUGCUGUAUUUCAAGGAGGUAAAACUACCAAUAUGACAUAAAUGUGUAUCAUACCAAAAAAAAGCAAAUCUGCCCUUGUAAAUAUAAUGCUUUCUGUCUUACUGUUUUCAGUUUUUUUUUUUGGAAAAGAACUGCUGACUUUUAAAAUAAAACCCUUGAAAAUGCA